CUCCCCUCAGUUAAGAUGGCGGCGCUGAGGGCGGCGGGGGCGGCGCUGCUGCGGCCCCGGCCCGGCCCGGCCCCGGCCGCGCUGGGCUACCACAAGAAGGUGGUGGAUCACUACGAGAACCCGCGCAACGUCGGCUCCCUCGACCGCAAUGCCAAGAACGUGGGCACCGGCCUGGUGGGCGCCCCGGCCUGCGGCGAUGUCAUGAAGCUGCAGGUGGAAGUGGACGAGAACGGCAAGAUCGUGGACGCUCGCUUCAAAACCUUCGGCUGCGGCUCGGCCAUCGCCUCCAGCUCGCUGGCCACGGAGUGGGUCAAAGGGAAAACGGUUGACGAAGCGCUGAAAAUCAAGAACACAGAUAUUGCCAAGGAACUCUGCCUUCCCCCUGUCAAACUGCACUGCUCCAUGCUGGCUGAAGACGCCAUCAAGGCUGCCUUGGCUGAUUACAAACUGAAGCAGGAGUCAAGCAGAGAAUCCGACAAAAAAGCCGACAAUGCCUGAACUGCCUGCGCAGCCUCCCCUCCUCCCUCCUCCCUCUGCAGUGCAAUUCCCGAGCUGUAGUAGGACCCUGUGCACUACUCAAGCUGUAAGAUACGCACAAGUUACGCACAAAGUGUCCCUGUGGUGUCCAGCCACUCCGUAGUGCUCACGUGGAUGGGAGCUCCUCUUCCCUCGGGAGUGCCGUGGGAAGAAUCCGCUCCGGAGACAAAACUGGUACUGGAAGGGCUGCACUUUGACCUUUAUUUUGGGAAGAUGUCUAGUUUUGCCUAAUAUUUUAUGAUGGAAUUUGGUGGGAAUCGUUGGCCUGGUUUGGAUGUAUGUGUGAGAGCUCUGGGGCCGCCCUUGGCUCCGGCUGCGUCAGGGUUGGUUUCGCAAUCCGGGGGCAAAUUCCUGCUCCUGGAGCUCUUGGACCCUUUGCAGGUGCCAAAGGGAAAAGUGGCCAGGAAACACUGGUGAUUUCUGCUCCCAUCCUGUCACUGCUUAAUUUUUGAAGCUCUUAUUUGAGGAACAGCCUGAAUUUUGGGGUGUUUUCUCUUAAGAAUUUCACUUUUUCACUCACCAGGUGCUCUCUAGCAGCUGUAAAUCCUGGGCUAGAGGAAGCUGUCCCUCCCCAAGGAAGGGGUUUGCAACUGGAUGAGCUUUAAGGUCCCUUCCAACCCAAACCACUCCAAGAUUCUCUAAAUACACCCUCAGACUGGAACCCCGGUGGGGAAUAGCAGAGCUGGAAUGCAGAGCUGAGGGGGAGCUCCCAGAGUUCCUCUUUUCCAGGGGAGUAUUUCCAAACCAAGCACACGACACAUUGGCCAGCUUCACUUACUUACCUUCUAACCCCCCACAAGACACCUCACUUCCCAUUUUUCGUACUGAGGGGUGUUGUUAAAAAUUUAAAACCACAUUUAAAAAAACGAUUGUCUCGUUCUGCUCCA